AUGAUUCGCCAGGGUGUCUCUGGGAUAAUCGAAGCUCCACGGCCAAACGCCGGCAACUAUCUUGUAAAAGUUCACUUUAUAAUUCCUGCUGUGAAGCGGAAAGCUGAAGACACGACCGAUGCAGCGCCUGCAGCAAAGAAGAUCAAGAAGGAAGAUGAACUUCUCAUGAAGAAGCAAAAUGAUGUUUUCUUCAAGUUUCGUGAUUCUCUCAAGGCUUUGGAGAAGUUAGAACUCAUUGAACUAAUUGAACACAACAUCUUCAACUUCAACUCCAGCGGCAUGGGUGAAAGUGUUUUACUUGACCGCGCGGCCGACCUCCUCACCUUUGGGGUCCCAGCGGCUUGUGAUCUUUGCAAGGAAGGCAUUUUAGUUUUCAGGUCUGGCGUCGGCUACGCGUGCACGGGUCACAUCUCUGACUACACGAGCUGCACCAACGUUGUCAAGGCGCCCAAGCGGAGGCGCUUUCAGGUGCCUGCUGAGCUGGCGGCCGAGUACAGCUUCCUGAAGAAGUAUAAAGACCCUGGCUUGGGUGAUCGUCUCUUCACCGAACACACUCCUCGAACAGUCAUGCAACCAAAAGAUGAGGAAUUGAAGCCGCUGGCCGUGGCGCGUAAACUCAGCAAGCCCCUGCUGGGCCUCGGCUUCGUAGUGCACAAGAGUGCCGAGUUCCCGUCAGGCAGAAGCUGCGACCAAAUCAAGGAGCUUCUUAAGAACCUUGGAGCCUCUGUGCUGCUCACCGUCACCAAGAACGCCGCUGCGCUCAUCUCCACGGCUGAGUGCGUGGGCGGCGCUGAUAAAGUGAUCGCCAAGGCAAAGGAGCUCGGCGUGCACUGCGUCCCCGAGGAAUACCUCGACAAAGUCAAGGAGGAUCCCGCCUCUGCGUUGGCGCUCAUCAAACAAUCCGCAAUCUCUGAUUGGGGAGAAGACCCUGAGGAUCGUGUCACGAAGUCUAAACUCUAUUCAUCAACGCACAAGUCUAGCAGAAACGCGGACUCACAGUUCACGAAGAGCGUCCCGGACAAGCUAGUGCUGCAGCUGAAGGAUGGAGGCGCCGUGGACCCUGACUCUGGACUGGCUGACUCUACACAUGUUCUUAAGAAGCAGGGCAAGUUGUACAGCAGCGUGCUGAGCUACGUUAACGUCAGCAACGGAGCAAACUCUUAUUACAAACUCCAGCUCCUCGAGAGCGAUACGAAAGACGCCUGGUGGGUGUUCCGGUCGUGGGGCCGCAUCGGCACCAGCGUUGGAGGCACCAAGCUGGAGGACAUGAGCGAUCUCUUCGAAGCCAUCAGUCACUUCAAGGAACUUUUUGAGGAAAAGACCGGCAACAACUUCACCUCCAACACGUACACUAAAGUGCCGGGCAGGUGGACUGUUCUGGACGUUGAAUUCGACACCGAUGAAGUAGCGCAGCCCCUGACAGUAUCAGCUGCUGACAGCAAACUCCCGCUGCCGGUGCAGGAGCUCGUGAAGCUCAUCUUCGACAUCGACUGCAUGAAGUCGCAAAUGAAGGAGUUUGAGAUCGACCUGAAAAAAUUGCCUCUAGGCAAGCUCAGUGAGCGUCAGCUGCUGGCCGCAUACUCGGUGCUGACGGAGGCUCAGCAGGUGCUGUCAGAAGACAGCAAGCACAACGGGACCAAGAUCCUGGACUGUUCCAACAGAUUCUACACUCUCAUACCUCACGACUUCGGCAUGAACAAGGCGCCUCUCCUCGAUAAUUUCGAUAUUAUUAAAAGUAAAGUAGACAUGGUCGAGAGUCUGCGGGAGAUCCAGACGGCAUAUUGCUUGCUCAAGAGCAAGGGCGACGCGAGGAACGACGGCGCGUCUCUCAUCGAGCAACACUACGAAAAACUCAACACGAAACUGGAGGUGGUGGACGAGAAGAGCGAGGAGUUCGAGGUGCUGCAGCAAUACGUCACCAACACGCACGCCUCCACGCAUGCUCACUACAAGCUUCAAAUCGAUAACAUUUUCCGCGUGGAGCGGCAAGGGGAGGCCAAGCGCUUCAAGCCCUUCAAGAAACUGCACAACCACAAGCUCCUGUGGCACGGCUCCAGGCUUACCAACUUUGCAGGCAUCUUGUCGCAGGGGUUGCGAAUUGCUCCACCAGAAGCGCCCUCGACUGGCUACAUGUUCGGCAAGGGUAUUUACUUCGCCGACAUGGUCUCCAAGUCAGCCAACUAUUGCGCGACCUCCAACAUCAACCCCACGGGCCUGCUGCUCCUCUGUGAUGUCGCCCUGGGCAACAUGGAGAAGAAGAAGAGCGCCGAGUAUGUCACUAAGCUGCCGGGGGGCAAGCACAGCACGAUGGGCUGUGGCUCGACAUUCCCUGACCCCGAUGGCAGCCGCACGUUGCACGGCAUCGAGGUGCCCUGCGCCACACCCAAGCACGACCGUGGCAUCUCCUCGUCGCUGCUCUACAACGAGUACAUCGUGUAUGACGUGGCCCAGGUGCAGGUCAAGUACCUGGUGCGCAUGAAGUUCCUCUAUAACUGAGUAACGUCGUCUAUUUCAUGGUCUCUACCAUAAUCUUUAUCACGGAUGGAUUACGCAUACACUUGUGUUAGCGAUAACUGAUCAAUAAUGAUCUUUGUAUUGGAACUUGUUAGUUUGUGAUCAGAUGUGAUAUUGUGUGCGCCAAUUUUUAUGGCCUAAUAUGAGCUUUUUUAUUAUUGUUCUUGCGCUGAAAUUCUCAGAAAAAUUUAGACAGCAAGGAUAAAAAUAUUAACAGAAUUCGACGGUUAUUCUUUCGAAGCUGACGAAACUUUUGCAUCUAAGUAAGUGAAAGGAAAAUUGUAAUCAAACGUUGAAUUUAGAUCAGCUCAUGAUUUAAUGAAAAUUAAAUAACAAUUCAAUUGAAAUUGUUGCAUAAAUUUAAGCGGUUAAAAACAUUUGUGUACUCACAAAACGAAGAACUGUGUAACUAUGAUAGUUAAGUGAUGUAUUGUUAUCAUCUUCACUAGUUCACUCUUUCGGCCAUUUGGUGUAUUGCAUUUCCAAAUAUACUAGAAAU